UGAUCGUUUAGCUGAAAUGUAGCAAAUGUUUCACUGCUGUGGCUGUUUGAUUCAACACAAUUUACUUCUGAGGGAUUUUAACCGAGACCACAGCAGAGCUCUGCAACCAUGUCCUGCAACACCGAGGAAAGGAGCACCGAUGCGUCUAGGUGCUUCGGACAGUGUACCUACACAGCUGAGGAGUACCAGGCGGUGCACAAUGCUCUGCGUCAGAGGCUGGGACCAGAGUACAUCAGUACCAGAGUAGCUGGAGGAGGACAGAGGGUGUGUUAUGUUGAAGGGCAUCGUGUCAUCAGCCUGGCUAACGAGAUGUUUGGCUACAACGGAUGGUCUCACUCCAUCUCUCAGCAGAAUGUCGACUUUGUAGACCUCAUCAAUGGGAAGUUUUAUGUCGGAGUCAGUGCGUUUAUCAAAGUGCAGCUUAAGGAUGGGUCGUUUCAUGAGGAUGUAGGUUAUGGAGUCAGUGAGGGACUGAAGUCUAAAGCUCUGGCACUGGAAAAGGCAAGAAAGGAAGCUGUCACUGAUGGCAUGAAGAGGGCACUGAAAUGCUUUGGCAAUGCCCUUGGAAACUGCAUCCUGGAUAAAGAAUACCUCUUAGCCAUAAACAAGAUCCCCAAACAGCCUCCUCCUCCUCUCAACCCGACUAAGACCAAGCGCUCUGAGGGGGAACCCUUAGUGGAGAAAGCCCGGCUCUCCAGUCUGGCCCGAGAGGAAAAACUUUUAUCUGCAGCUGGUCCUGCCAGGAUGCCGCUAGAGCCCAAAGUGGUCGACCAGAACCAGAACUGUUCAGAAGUUCACACUCCUGAUGCUGGCCCUGCUCCCGACAGGAAGAGCGAGAACAUCGGCUCCAUGCCUGCCAUGGAUUCGUUGGACAUUGUCGGGUCUGAACUGCACACAGAUCCCAAACAACUGAGGAAGCUCCGACAGCAGCAGCUGCAGCAGAAGUUCAGGAAAGAGAUGGAGGCCAAGAAGCUGCAGCAGAAACAGGAUCAAGCCAAGUCUGAGGACACAGAGGUCGCUAUUGGACAAGGAUCCAGUGGAGGUCAUGAAGGUGUGAGCAACGGACGCCGGACGCCCAGCAGCAGGGAUCAGUAUUUAGCAGAUGAUCCUGAGAUGUGGGAUUUCACUCUAGAUGGGAUUGAGGAGCUGGAUGUGACAGGUGGGCCGUCGUCCAGAGGGCUCAAGCCCAGCACGCCUGGGAAUCAUAAGAUGCAGACGCGCAGUAAGACCCCCCAAAGACCCCCAGGAAGACCUCCAGACGAGGCCCAGUUGUACAGCAGAGGACAGGACAGGAAUCAGUACAUACCUCAACACCAGAACCAGGAUCAUGGUAGACCAGGCGAAGCCUUCAGUCCGUACAGACAAGGACAGUACAUGAAGAAAUGCAGACUGGACACCUGAGUAUUUGUCAACGCUUUCUAGAAUCCAUGAUUUUAUUUUUGUGUUUAUAUUCACUUUAGUGUGUAUACAUUUAUUAAGUUCAUUUUGCAAUGAAUUGGUGCUAUGUCUGUGAUGUUGAGAAAUGUUACCUGGGUUUGUAAAAAAUAAAAAUAAAAAAUCUUACCACUGAAGUCAGUCAGCUGUAGUUUUAGUUUCUGUCUAAAAACAGUGAUCUGAUCUGUCUAAUCAGGCUGCAGUGGUGAUCAAACCUUUUGAUCAUUCUUCUCAAAAAAGGAUUUCUUGCACUGUCCUUUUGUAAACGAUAUGUCAGAGAGAAGUAUUAAGGACUUGACACCAAG